AUGUUUACAUCAAGAUGUUACAUUCAAGGAACAUCAUGUCCAUUAAUAUAUGAUUACAAGGAUUCUAAAAGUAGAAAUCUCAUUGAAUACAUAGAUCAUAUCCAAAUCUCAAAUGAUUCACCUUCGAAAUCUCAUCUAAAGGAUGAACGAUCAAUCUGUUCAAUCUUCAAGAAAUGUUCCAUUUUCAUUUGUUUAUCUCCAUUUCACAAUCAUAACAGAUUAUCUAAUCAAAAUUGGAUUAUUCUUUUAAAAAGAAGAAAUCAUUCAUCGAAUUUCAUGUUUCAUCGUUAUGUAACAAAGGUAUUUAGAUUCAAUGCUAUUCAAUCCAAUAAGAAAUAUUAUCGAUUAUCGAUAAUAGUUUGUUCAAUGAGACAUGAACAACCAUUACAGAUCGAUAAACAACAGUCCGUCGUCAAUUCUUCUUGGAACAAUGUAACUGAGGAUUUCUAUAUGAGAAAUGAUUCUAAUGGAAUUCUAUGGUUUGUAUCUACAUUAAUCAUUGCUAUAUUCAUAACUACUAGCUUAAUGGUAAUGGUUUGUAAUCGAAUUAUUGAAUCCUAG